CAGGGCCUCUGAGACACGGCCAGGAAGGCUGGCAGGCAGGAGGGCUGGGGCGAGCACUGGGGGCCAUGGAGGGGACAGCAGAGCCCGUAGUCUAUCAGAAGCUGUUGCUCUGGGAGCCAAGCUUGGAGUUGGAGGAGGAAGAAGAGGAGGAGGAAGAGGAGACAUCAGAGGAGCUGGUUCCCAACCCCUGGAGGCCCCAGGACUCUUCUGGGAACAAGGCCGGUGGGCUGCCCGGAACCUGGGCCCGUCUAGCGGCCGCCCUGCUGCUUCUGGCUGUGGGCAGCUCCCUGGCCGUGCUGCAGCUCCAGCAUCAAGGCAACCCCACAGGAAGCCUGGGCUCUGCGGCCCCUCCACCCAGUGGACACUCCCAUGGCCCUGGCGUUUACCACCAUGCUGCCAUCAUCAGCCCUACAGCCGCAUGCUCCCACCUAGGCCGAGAGCUGCUUGUUGCCGGGGGCAACAUCGUGGAUGCCGGCGUGGGAGCCGCUUUGUGCCUGGCGGUGGUGCAUCCUCAUGCCACGGGGCUAGGUGCCAUGUUUUGGGGCCUCUUCCACAAUAGCUCCUCAGGCAAUUCCACGGCCCUGACAUCAGGCCCAGCGCAGACCCUGGCCCCCGGACUGGCACUGCCCACGGCUCUGCCCACCUUGCACCUGCUGCACGCACACUUUGGCCGCCUGCCCUGGCCACGCCUGCUAGUGGGCCCCACCAUGCUGGCUCAGGAGGGCUUCCUGGUGGACACGCCCCUGGCAAGGGCUCUGGCAGCUCGGGGCACAGAAGGCCUCUGUCCACUGCUUUGCCAUCCUGAUGGGACCCCCCUGGGUGCUGGAGCCCGAGCCACCAACCCACAGCUGGCAGCUGUGCUUCACAGGGCAGCUCUCGCUCCCACCUCGGACCUUGCUGGAGAUGCACUACUGAGUCUGCUGGCGAGAGACCUGGGGGUGGAGGUGCCCUCGGCUGGGCCCAGGCCCAAGCUGGAACCAGCACAGCAGCUACCCAUAGCCCAGGGCAUCCUGUUCACCACCCCCAGUCCCUCAGCCGGCCCAGAGCUGCUGGCACUGCUGGAGGCAGCCCUACGGUCUGGGGCACCCAGCCCUGACCCCUGCCUACCAGUCCCACAAACUGCCGUGAGCCCAGAGAGCAGCACCCUGGCCACCGUGGACAGCAGCGGCUCUGUGCUCCUCCUCACCUCCUCGCUCAAUGGCUCCUUUGGUUCUGCGUAUCUGUCCCCGGGCACGGGGCUUCUGCUCAGCAACACGACUAAGUCUACCGCUACUGCCUGGGCCUGCCCCCUCAUCCUCCGGGGCAGCCUGGAUGACUCAGAGACCAAUGUGUUGGGGCUAGUGGCUUCAGGGACCCCUGAAAUGGCCAGAGCCAUGACUCACACCAUACUCAGCCAUCUGGCAGAGCCCCAGACCCAGGCCCAGCACCAGCACCAGGGCCAGCAAGAACCGACAGAGCAGCCCAGCACUUGUGGCCAAGGGACCCUGCUCCAGGUGGCAGCCUACGCAGAGCACGCCCAUGUCUCCAGUGUCCCCCAUGGCUGCUGCCCCUAUCAGGGGAUCUGACAGGAUGGGGGUGGGUCUGGCACAAGACAGGGUCAUCUGAAGCCUGGAGCAGAAACAGAGCAGACCCAGCAGCAUGGAGUGUCCCCAGCUCACACCUGUCAUCUCGAGCACUUUGGGUGGACAAUGCAGGAAGAUCCCUUGAGCCCAGGAAUUUGAAACCAGCCUAGACAGCAUCGCAAGAUCUCAUCUAUACCAAAAAGUUUUUAAAUCACCAAGUGCAGUGGCAGAUGCCUGUUGCCCCAGC